GACUUUUUUAAUUUUUAGGUUAGGAAAUGGACGUAAAUGCAAUUGCUUAGCUUGCAAUAGUCCAAAAUAAUCUAUUUAUAAAAUUGAAACAUUUCCCACAGCAUCUGUUGGUAGUGUCUGUAUCAAUAUGAAGUUUUUAUCACGAUGUGUUUUUCUAAGGACUAUAACAAGUCGGUGUGCAAAUGAAAGUAGCGGCAGCAUAAGUAACGUUAAUAUUCGUUCUUUUAUGGCUAUUACCACAAAUAGACGACUUGCCCUGAGAAAACCUCAUGUAUUUGCAUCGGCAGUAUGUGUUUAUUCUUCUGAUAAUAAAAAACAUUUUUUUAAUUUGGAGAAAAAGACUGGAGCAUUAAAAGAUGUAUUGGAGUACAAAAAAGAACAGUUAAAGGAUACCGAACAUAGGAUACGUUUGCGGGGUGAGGAAAUUGUUAGAGAUAUAAAGCAACAAAAAGAAAUUACAGGACAGAAAUUAAGAGAGAAAAAGGAACACUUGAUCAAAGAUAUUUUGGAGACUAAGGCCAAAGUCAAGGAAAGGCUGGAAAUUGUUGUUGAGAAAGAGAACCCAUUUACAAUACCAAAUAUACUAUGCAUGACCAGAAUAGUUAUGUCACCUUAUUUGGGUUAUGUUAUACUACAAGAUAACUACACACUUGCAUUGGGACUGGUGACAUUUGCGGGAAUCACAGAUUUGUUAGAUGGUUGGAUUGCAAGAAAUUGGGAAGGUCAAUCGUCGAAAAUGGGAUCUUUCUUGGAUCCAUUGGCUGACAAAGUGCUGAUAGCAACUCUAUUUGUAUCACUAACUUGGCAAAACUUAAUACCACUUAAUCUAACGCUGCUCAUUGUGGGCAGAGAUGUGGCCUUGGUUGCGUCUGCCUUCGUCAUUAGAUAUAUGAGUCUGCCGCCACCAAGGACGCUGAGCAGGUAUUUCGACGUGACACACGCAACGGCGCAACUUGCACCCACAUUCAUAAGCAAAGUGAAUACAGCAAUCCAGCUAUUACUAGUGGGGACAACCCUAGCGUCGCCCGUGUUCGGGUACGCGGACCACCCGGCGCUGCACGCGCUGUGCGCGGUCACGGCCGUGUCCACCGUCGUGUCGGCCGUUAGCUACCUAGUUAGUAAGGACACAUACAAGUUCUUGAAGAAGUCAUGAGACUACACGUGUUCCUUUGUUGCAUAAUGGCCGCAGUUGUUUAAUAUCUUAUUUUGGUUUAUGAAAACGGGGGUUCUUAAUAAUGGGCAUAAUGACAGUGACAUAAUUUGCACUGAUAUCCCUGGGCCGUAUACUUGGUGGUAUUGUAGAUAUGCAACCAAGGAUAAUAGCAAUAAAAUGAGUAUCUUGUCUCGACGUCUCGGUCUCAUUUGAAAUAUUAUCAAGCAGUCUUCCACACUAAUUUGUAGCUGAGUGGUGUUUCGAAAUUGUGUAUAAUGUAAAUAAAGUUAUACAUUAUAAAUACA